UGGUUUGUGCGGUCACUAGAUUUGACACGACCCCUCGCUCGUUCUUCAAAGUUUGCGGGCACGUGGACGAACAACAUGUGCCGCCUACCUCGCUAAUUAUUAUUAAAAAACUAGCGUCAUCGCAAUCGUAGAGUCAGUUUUUCGACCCAGUUGCGUGGAUUUAAAGGCACACCAUGGCUCUUUACAAUUUCAAGAAGAUCGCUGUCGUUCCUACGGCUAAGGAAUUCAUUGAUAUAACAUUAUCAAAAGUACAGCGCAAAACCCCAACUGUCAUCCAUAAACAAUAUGCCAUUUCUCGAAUUCGUGCUUUUUAUACAAGGAAAGUCAAGUUUGCACAACAGACUUUCCACGAUCGCCUUAGUCAAAUUAUUCAGGAGUUCCCAAAGCUCGAUGAUGUUCAUCCAUUCUAUGCUGACUUGAUGAACGUUCUGUACGACAAGGAUCACUACAAAUUGGCUCUGGGUCAAAUAAAUACAGCUAGGCAUUUAAUAGACAGCGUUGCUAAAGAGUAUGUACGUCUGCUGAAAUAUGGAGACUCUCUAUACAGAUGUAAACAGUUGAAAAAGGCUGCUCUUGGUCGUAUGGCCACUAUAAUGAAGAGACAAGCAACAAAUUUAACAUAUCUGGAACAAGUUAGACAGCAUCUGGCAAGAUUGCCAAGCAUUGAUCCAUACACAAGAACUAUCAUCAUUUGUGGUUUCCCCAAUGUUGGAAAAAGUAGUUUCAUUAACAAGAUUACCAGAGCUGAUGUUGAGGUGCAGCCAUAUGCUUUCACAACAAAAUCACUGUACGUUGGUCACACGGAUUACAAAUAUUUGAGAUGGCAAGUGAUUGACACGCCUGGAAUUUUGGAUCAUCCAUUAGAAGAAAGAAAUACCAUUGAAAUGCAAGCUGUCACUGCUUUAGCCCACUUGAGAGCUGCUGUACUCUAUUUCUUUGAUAUUUCGGAGCAAUGCGGACAUUCUCUAGAUGAACAGAUGAAACUUUAUGAAUCCAUCAAACCUCUUUUCCAAAACAAACCACUACUCAUUGUUGUCAACAAAGUCGAUGUUUUACGUUUAGAAGAACUGCCAGAAGAAAAAAGAAGCAUCUUAAAAGAAUUAGAGAACGAUGAAAAGAUCCCUUUGAUUGAAAUGAGCACCGUCACAGACUUUGGAGUAAUGGACGUUAAGACUCAAGCUUGCGAAAAAUUGUUGGAAUUCCGCGUUGAUCAAAAGAUAAAGACAAAGAAGGUUGAGGGAUUAUUAAAUCGCCUGCACGUCGCUACACCAGCACCAAGAGACAACAAAGUUCGAGCUCCAUGCAUACCAGAAAGUGUUCUUCAGAAGAGAAUGUUACAAGCUGCCAAGGCUGAGAGAAAGAAGAAACUGGAGCGCGAAAUCGAAGAGGAAAUGGGUGACGACUACGUUCUGGAUCUCAAGAAGAACUAUGACAUCGAAGGCGAUCAAAAGUAUGACAUAAUUCCAGAAUUCUGGGAAGGUCAUAACGUUGCGGAUUACAUUGACCCCGAGAUAUUUGAGAAACUUAAUGCUCUGGAAAAGGAAGAAGAUAUGCGAAUCGAGGCUGGCGUCUACGAUUACAAGGUGCCAGAGUUGACUGAGACUAUGAAAGAAAUUCAAGAGCUUGCUAAACAAAUUCGUGAGAAAAAGAUUAUUAUGAAGGACGAAUCUAGAGUCAACAAACAAUCGACUAAACCAGUCAUGCCUCGUACGGCCGUAGCUAGGGGCCGCGACCGUUCAGUAUCAAGACUGCGUAACGAAAUGGAAGAUUUGGGAGUCGAUAUGGAGGACACAGAAAACGCUCAUUUCACGAAAACAAGGAAACGAAGCAGAUCAGUAUCGCAAAACGUGGAUCGCAAACGGCAACGUCUUGAGUCGACCUCGAGAGCUCGCAGUAGUUCAAGGCCUGCUAGGGAUGAAAUGGGAAUUAAAGAUAAUAAGAUGAAGACCAAACUCAAGAACAUUGCUCACAAAGCAAUCAGGAAGAAGGUUGCCAAGAAGGGUCUCAAAGGUGAAGCUGACAGAUUCAUUGGAAACAAAAUGCCUAAACAUUUGUUCUCUGGCAAACGAGGAACUGGCAAAACUGAUAGACGAUAGACUACUGUAUUUAUAUUGUUACAAUAUAAAAUUUCAAAUCAUAUAAUUAUAGUUUUUAUAAUAUAGAAAAACAAUAAAUUACACUGUACAGAAAGACAAAAUUAA